AAUCUGGACCUCAUUUACCUUCGAGAGGCCAAAAGCCGGUUUCAGAUUCAUGAAAGCUGGUGCAAUUCAUCAGGUGUAGCUGCAGACAGCAGCCACCUCUACAAGGGCAAAGCCGGGGUGCGCAUAUUUUAAAAUACCGCAUAUCUGUACAGCACACCUCACAGGGGCGGCAUUGAGUUAAAAGGAAAACUCCGCCCGGUUAAAGUGGCUGUGUACACUCCAACACGCGCACUACUCCCGGUUGAUCACGUGACAGGGGACGAAAGAAAGAAAGAAGGGAGGAAGAGAGAAAAAUGAAAUAAACAGCGAAAAGACUGACAGAAGAAGGAAACGCCUUAAUGUACAGUCUUCAUCUGAGGGGACAGAAAAAGUCACACGAAGAAGAAGAAGGAGGUGGAGACUUGGUCCAGAUGUGAUGGAGGACAGAGGUGGAUGUCUGCUGGAUAUGAGAUAAACACGUAAAUAAAGAAUCUGCUGCGGAAAAGGAGGAGGGAGAGGAUGAAGCUGAACGAACGUAGCGUGGCGCACUACGCCACCUGUGACUCACCGCCAGAUAAGACGGGCUUCCUGUUCAAGAAGGGUGAGCGCAACACAGCUUAUCACCGCCGCUGGUUCGUCCUGAAGGGAAACAUGCUUUUCUACUUUGAGGAGCGCGACAGCAGAGAGCCCAUCGGUGUGAUUGUUCUUGAAGGAUGCACUGUGGAGCUCUGCGAGUCAGCCGAGGAGUUCGCCUUUGCCAUCAAGUUUGAUUGUGCCAAAGCACGGGUGUACAAGAUGGCCGCAGAGAACCAAGCAGCCAUGGAGUCGUGGGUGAAAGCGUUGUCGAGGGCCAGCUUUGACUACAUGAGGCUGGUGGUGAAGGAGCUGGAGAGGCAGCUGGAGGAGAUCCAGGAGGCUGCAGGAGGCAGCUUUGUUGGGGCUGGAGUUGGAGGCCCGCAGGCCAGGCCUAAGUCCUCCAGGCGAAACCAUGUAGCACGGUCCAGGUCUGGAGCAUCAUCCUCUUCAUCCUCUUCAUCCUCCAUGUCAUCAUCAUCAUCUAGUGCUCCUCCCAUGUCAGGCCCGUUAUCUGGCCAGAGGAGCUUCCAGGACGAGGUGCAGCUCAUCUCUGGGUGUUCCAAGGAGAAUGGGGUUGCAUGGAGUAAACCACCUGCUGCCUUGGCUAACGGCUUUGUGGAGGGGGCCUCGUCUUGCGUGGCCUGGGAAGGCUGUGCAGACUCUGGGGCUGAUGGAGUUAGAGCUCCACCGGUGCCCCCCAGGAGAAGAGGAGCAUCUCUGGAAAGCCCCGUCUCUCCAGGCACCGGCUGCUUCUCCAAACUCCAUGACUGGUACGGCAGAGAGGUGGAGGAACUGAGGGUGCAGUGGCUGCAGAGCCAGUGAACUGACAGAGGUGGAUAAUCUUUUUAUUCCACACUUAUUCCAUUCCUUCCUGAUCAUUCUACACUGUUAAACCCUUCUGAGCCCAACAGAAAGGCGAGAAAACAGGGUCUUAAUUGCAAAUUAUGGUCGUAUUGCCGUUAGAAAAACGACAGCUAUAAAUUUUAGAUUGAUUCCAAAUCUUGUCUGGCACAGGGGAAACAAUCUGUCUUAACCGUUAACACUAUCCUUUCUACAAUCCAGGAAAUACAGCAUGUGCUCUUUUCCACACGAGGACAUUUUAUUGCCAGGGACAAUAAAAAUGAUGAGAAUACAAUGUUUAAAAUGGUACUCAUCUAUUAAAAAUAAUCAGUUUGUCUAACAUGCCAGUGACCUUGGCUUUGAGUGGUCUCAGUCGGUACAAUUCAGAAAAAAUAUGCUACUAUAUUGUCAGUGUUCAAGUGUCCUCCUCCCUUCUAGCUCCUAUAUAUCUAAAUGUACUUGUGCAAUUGCUUUGUGGCCAUUUAAGUUCCAAGGACCUUGGAACUAUAAUAUUUUCUUAAGUUGUACAUGAAAAUUACUUGGUCAAGCACCUGGACAAUACAGUAAACAAUAAGUAACUGCGACCAUCCCUACAGUUAAUUGUGUUUCUAAUGGAAAGGAAAAGCCUGAGAUGGUUUCUGUUUCUUGACGGCCACAAAAAUAGACAAAUCCAUGUAGAUCCCAUUGUUAUAACACAAUAACCACAACAUACAAUGGUGAAGCUGACACACAGUGCUGCAGCUCAAUGGUUAAAGUUCCUAUUUGGUGCUAUCUGUGUGUAGUGAGGAAACUGCUUAGUGCUUUUCUGAACCAAGGAAAUUAAAGAACGAGCAAAGAAACUGUUUGCUAACAUGGACAUCAGAGCAAUUAGCAGCUUUCAAGAUACAAAUCCAUGACAUUUCCUACAACUUCAAACCUCCUGAACUCUUCGAUUGCUUUAAUGCUGUGACUUGAAGCGAAGUGAGGAUACCCUGGUAAUAAGAACAAACUAGUCCAGAUUCUCCUCCAGUUUCCCACUGGGGCAUCGCUCACCCGGGAGUCCUUGUGGUUGCUAAUGUCAGAGCAUCCUCUCGACAGUCACCGGGGACCGUGGCGAGAGCUGGCUGUCUGGCUCAGAGCAACACACCCUUUAUUUUUAGCCCUUGUUAGCCAGCGGCCAGAUGAUGCUGUGUCAUAAGAGAGCUUGUCACUUAGUUCUCUGUCGACGUUUGUAUUUAAUAAAGGAAGAAAGUUUGUUCUUGAACUUGCAGAACUUGACGCGAUCAUUUCACUUUAUACAAUCAAAUCAUCCCUUGUUUGUUACAACUGAUUAGCCUUAAGGUUACUAAAUGAGUGUAAAUGUUGUCGGCCCGCACUGUAUGUGAACAUCUAACCUCUUGGUUUAUAUAUAUUUACUAUUCCAUGUUGGAAAUUAACACUAACAGUCCUCACAGUGGGCCUUUAAAAAUUGUUGCUCAUACUGAAUUUCUAUAUCCAAUCAUAGAGCUGUUUACAUUUUUGUUUUAUAUGUGCCUUAUGUUAUCUUUAUAACUCGGUUAAUGCACUAGCAAACAUUUCCAUGUGACUACAUCGAUGGGAGGGACUGACUCAUCCUCUUUUCCAACUGUACAGCAUUUUUUUUUCUUUCUUUUCUUUCUUGCCAAAGGCUCAUCUUGGUGCAAUCACUUUUUGACAAUGGCUCAGUUACUUCAGUCUGCAUCGGUGCACAGCGCUAUCAUUACUGUUACACUCUUGGCUUGUCCUGAAACGACACCGUGGGAAUGAGUGCUACAGUGUGAGUUCUGUAUUUUGUUUUUGAAAAUGCCAAUAUUGAAACACUAUCCUUUUGACACAGAUUACCUAAAAUUACAGCUGGUGCAUUUCCAGCUCUAGAUGUGUUACUGUAAUUACAAACUAAAUGAAUAUGUGAACAUGUCAAAUUAACCACGUAAAUGAGAAUAAUACCAAUCUGUUUUUCAAGAGUGCCAAGGGAAGAAGCACAAUGAGAUUUUUUCAAUGAAUUUCUAUCAUUCUAAUAACAUUUUUCAAUGCUGUAGAGUAAGUAUUACAUUGAAUAACCAGUAAUAUUUAAUACAUUGUCCUAUUAUGGUACUCUGAAAAAAUGUUUUGCUGUAAACCGUUCAAUAAACAAUGUUCAUGUCUUA